CAUUCAUUCAAUACAGACCCAUUUGAAAACAAAACCACAAAUCUUUACAAAAAUGUUCAAGUUGGUGGUAUUGUCUGCUCUCCUCGCCGUAGCUGCUGCUCGUCCCGGUCAUUUGGAAACACCCCUCUACUACUCUGCCCCUGCUGCCACUGUUACCGUCCAGGAAUCAGCCUUGGCCCAUGUCGGCAACGUGGUAAAGAGUGUCCCCUCUGCCGUCUCACAUCACAGCAACAGUGUUGUCCACAGCACUGCCAAUGUAGUGGAAGAUGUCUACAGUCCCGCCGUUAAGACCACUUCCUAUACCACAAAGACUUUGGCCACACCUGUUGUGGAAACCUAUGCCGCUGCAGCUCCUGUUGUCCACAGCUAUACUGCUGCCGCCGCUCCUGUAGUACAAACCUAUGCUGCUGCUCCUUUGGCUCAUACCUAUGCUGCCGUUCCUGCUGUGUCCACCUAUGCCGCCUCAGCUCCUUUGACCUACACAGCCACUGGUGUCUGGUAAAUAUUGGAGGGAAAAAAUGCGGUGUUUCGAAAAAUUGACCAUGGAUUGCG